AUGGCUAUGCGGGACUAUGCCGCUGACAAAGAGGCUAUAAGAAACUUCUUCGUAGAUUUUUGUCAAACUGAUGAUGAGGGACACAAGGUUUUUAAAUACGCAGAACAACUUACAAAAGUUGCGGAAAGGGAGCAGACAUCAUUUGUUGUGGAUUUGGAUGACCUGUUUGAAACAAAUGAAGAUUUGGCAAAUGCAGUCAAACAAAACACAAGAAGAUACACUAAUAUGCUGUCAGACGUUGUUUAUGAAAUGUUGCCAGAUUAUAAGCAUAAAGAGGUUGUAGCUAAAGAUGCACUAGAUGUGUACAUAGAGCAUAGAAUAAUGCUGGAGGCAAGGAAUCACAGGAUACCUGGUGAAAUGAGAGAUCCAAGGAAUAGAUAUCCUCCUGAACUGAUAAGAAGAUUUGAAGUAUAUUUCAAAGAUGUGUCCACUGCCAAGUCAGUGCCAAUUCGAGAGGUAAAGGCUGAACAUAUUGGAAAGCUUGUAACUGUCAGAGGUAUAGUGACAAGAUGUACAGAUGUCAAACCGCUCUUAGUGGUAGCAACAUAUUCAUGCAGUGCUUGUGGCGCUGAGACUUAUCAGCCUGUAAGAGGCUUACAGUUUACUCCACCCCCUGUAUGUACUGCAGAUGAGUGCCGUUUGAAUAAGACCUCAGGACAGUUGUAUUUGCAAACAAGAGGUUCCAGAUUCCAAAAGUUUCAAGAAUUGAAGAUCCAAGAGCAUUCUGACCAAGUGCCAGUGGGGCACAUACCGCGUCAGUUAUCAGUGUACUGUCGUGGUGAAACAACACGACGAGCGCAACCUGGUGACCACGUAGCAGUGACUGGUGUGUUCUUGCCUAUGCUUAGUACCGGCUUUUGGCAAAUAGUGCAGGGCUUGCUGUCUGACACGUACUUAGAGGCGCAUGUUGUGACAUGCUUAAACCAAAGUGACGAAAAUGAAAUGGCAGAGGCAUUGACUGAAGAAGAAUUGGCAGAGUUAGCAGACGAAGAUUUAUAUUCAAGGAUGGCGCAGAGUCUCGCGCCUGAGAUAUAUGGUCAUGAAGAUGUUAAGAAAGCUCUCCUGUUGCUACUUGUAGGUGGUGUUGAUAAACGCCCAAACGGCAUGAAGAUCAGAGGCAACAUCAAUAUCUGUUUGAUGGGUGACCCAGGAGUAGCCAAAUCUCAGCUUUUGAACUACAUUAACCGUUUGGCGCCACGAAGUCAAUACACUACGGGAAGGGGUUCCUCUGGUGUUGGUCUUACUGCUGCUGUUUUGAAGGAUCCAUUCACUGGUGAGAUGAUGCUCGAGGGUGGUGCUUUGGUGCUAGCCGAUCAAGGGGUGUGCUGCAUCGACGAGUUCGACAAGAUGGCGGAGAAUGAUCGCACUGCCAUACACGAGGUGAUGGAACAACAGACCAUCAGUAUAGCCAAGGCGGGUAUAAUGACGUGUUUAAAUGCGCGAGUGUCCAUCCUGGCGGCGGCAAACCCUGCGUACGGCCGCUACAAUCCGAAGAGGACAAUAGAGCAGAACAUUCAGCUACCCGCCGCUUUGCUUUCUCGUUUUGAUUUGCUCUGGCUUUUACAGGAUAAACCCAACAGGGACAAGGACUUGGAGCUGGCGAAGCACAUCGCAUACGUACACCAGCACUCCGCGCAGCCGCCGACUCGUCAGCGCGCGCUGCCCAUGCGCCUCGUGCGGCGCUACGUGGCGCUCACCAAGCGCAAGCAGCCCGUCGUGCCGCACGCCCUCGCGGACUACCUCGUCUCUUCAUACGUGGAACUGAGGCGAGAAGCUAGGAAUGCACGUGACGUCACGUUUACGUCGGCUAGAAAUCUGCUUGCUAUCCUACGUUUGUCUACUGCCCUCGCACGUCUAAGGUUGUCCGAUGUUGUCGAGAAGGAAGACGUGUCCGAAGCAAUUCGUCUCGUUGAAAUGUCUAAACAGUCAUUGCAGCAUGUGGAAGAUAAUGUACAGAGGGGCAUAAGCGCUACAGACCGCAUUUUCGCAAUAGUGCGCGACCUGGCCGGCUCGAACAAGACUGUUAAAAUUGCUGACGUCAUCGAGCGUUGCGUCGAUAAGGGUUUCAAGCCAGAUCAGGUGGACGCUUGCAUCGAGGAGUAUGAAAACUUGAACGUAUGGCAAGUCAAUCAAGUGAGGACGAAGAUAACAUUUAUGUGA